UACAUUGGGGGGGAACUCUAGGUACAAUCACCUUGGUUCCCUUACAAAAGAAAUGCAAGCUAGACCAGCAAGCAAACAAGAGGAGAGACUUGUUGGUGGGUGGAUUAGUUCCACCAUCCCCUCGCCUAGAUCCACUCCCAUAUUUGCCAAAAUGUCAUCACUUUGGUUUCCUUCCCCCAGAGUGUGCCGGACUUCAUAG